UCGAUGCGGCGGGGACCGCGGGCGUCGGAGAUGCCAAAGCCUCGAUUAUGAUAUCGAUUCAAUACUGCUACUUCAUCUAUCGUCAGACACCAAGGAAUCAGAUCGAAUUGUAGCCGACCAAUUUCUACUAGCAUACAUGCCAUUCCCCGAGAAAUAACGUCCUCCGCCCUAAAUACUCCUUUACGACCUAUAGAUCAAUAGUUCACCCAACCAGGGACCCCAUCAUCCCCACAUGCCCAAUAUCCGUUCAAUUUAUAACCCCAUUUCCUAUCGCGCUCCCUACCGCGGAUUGCCCCCGGCUCAUGACCGCCCACGACGCUCGGCCCAUCUCCAAGCCCACCACCACAAUAUAUACCAGCUCCCUUCCCGAAUUGCAAUUCCCGCUCCGCUGGGCUGAGAGGACUUGGGAGAGGCGGGGACGUAGAGGCGAUGGGAAAUCAUGUAUCUUGGCGAUUCAUUUAUGGAGAUUGCGAGGGGAUCAGCCGCGGGACGUAUGGGCGGGGAUGGGCGAUAUUGGGUCGGGUGUGGGUUUAACUUUUAUAGUUUACUGGGUGGGAUGCUGGGGGGCGGAGGAUAGGGUCGGGGUUUCGGGGGUGGUUAGAUCUGAGGGGCUGGCAAGUUGUGGUUCGCUGUCGAUAAUAUACAUAAUAGUAUAUACAUGCGCCAAAUUUCGCGACCCUUGGAGUCGAGGCGGGGGAGCGUUGGUGCAGGUUGAAAUAGACGGUCAUAUCGCUGAUUGGUAUUGUCGACUUGAACAAUUGGUCACAUCGGAGAGAGAGAGGGAGUUGGUUCCGGCUGGCGAGUGGACUCGUUGCGAUCUAGACGAUGCGACGCAGAAUGCUGUGGCUGCUCAACUUCGAAGUUCUGUGAAACGUGGUGGAUGGAUAUAUCCUGAGCUAGUAUUCGAGAUGGCUGAAACCUUUCGCUUUGGUACAGAUAGCGGGCUUAGGAGGCAGCGUUCAAAUACGGAACAUGAAGGCUGAUGGUUGUACCGAAUGUCAGGUAGGCUGACCGCCGACUGUAGUGGUCAAUUUGACAUUCCUUGGUCCUGGUGUUUUGGACCACGAUAUUAGGAGGCUGGACUGGAUGCAGGUGAGAUUUGACGCCAGGCUGAGAUUGAUAGGGACAGCCUGACAGCCUGAACCUGAUUGACAUUUGACACAACAGACACGUUGUUUCCCCCAGCGCGAUUGGUGUUCCUU